AUGGAUGACGACACUGAUUCUCAAGGCCUGCUGCAAUACGUGCUUGGAUUAUUCGCUCGAAAGCGACCACAAAGGUCGGCGAAGCAGGCGUCACUGGGGUCACGGAAACGCGAGGCCUGGCUACGGACGGAUGCAUUUCUGCAGCGCGAUGAUAUUAGCGAAGCUGACCCAGAGAGUGUUUCAAGGACUUUGCGCGCAUUUGAACAUCUCGUUCAAGACGACUCCGAUGGAGGGAGAGAUUUUCAGAACUUCCAACAAGCCCGACAUGAGCGGUAUCCGAAGCUUCGCCGCAUGAUCGAGGGUCCGAAUCGCCAUCUAAAUGACGACCCAGACACUGUCAUUCGCGUUAGUAAACGGAGACGAGAAUAUGACGACGCCAUUCAGGAACUUUUACAUUUGGACCAGGAGAGAAAGAAGCGCCGAGUUCUGCCUCGUGAAGAGCCAACUCUUGAGUCCAACCUCAAAGACCCUGAUGCCGAAUUUGCCGUGCUGAUGAGAAGACAUCUGGUAUCCUUGGACAAUGCGUUGCGAAGACAAUGGGUAUGCGUUUGCCAGAAGUGCUCAGGUUUGAGCGUGAGAUUGUCGCUGCCACGACACAGAAAAGAUCUUGAGGCUGAAGCGAGUUUCGAAGUAUUCUUCGGCGUGCGGUCCGUGCCUGCAACUGCAUUGCAAGAAGCUAAAAUCACGGUCAAACGCUCAUCUGAGCCUAUAAUUAGCCACCCACCUGACUUUGCCCACAUAUGCCAAAGCGUCACAGAGUCCCUCGAUCAGCGAAAUUGCUUGCAUUUCACUCUUGAAAACGGGGUAUUUCAGAGGCUUCGCCCGCAACCAAAGACAUUUGGUAGCGACCGCAUGUCUCAGACAGUAUCCUUGUCGGCAUUUUUCAAUCGCCAGCAAGAAUUACUUCGUGGUGAAUCGGUGCUGCCACUCAAGGGGAAGCGAGUCUUGGCUGUUACACUGGCAUCUGCACUACUUCCCUUCUUGGAGACGCCAUGGCUGCAGUUUUCCUUCAAUCACUCGAAGAUCCAGUUUUUUGAGCCACGGCAGGGCGGAGAACUCCCCAACAUCACAAAACCUUUCCUAACACUGGAGCACGUUCCAAUGAUGUCAAACCGCAGUACACACACCGGAGACAGCUCUGGAGCCACAAAACACAUGGUUCAUCCCAACGCCAGUGUGCUAGCUCUGGGCAUACUAUUGUGCGAGCUUCACUAUUGUACACCUGUGGAGCUGAUGGCAAAGGACCCGCAUGUCGUCAGGAAGGUCAACGAUGAUUUUUAUACCUGUCUCGAUAAGCUUCAGACUCUGGAAGACGACGCUGGCGUGGACUACUAUCUCGCUACGAAGGCAUGCCUCACUGGGGAGUACUAUCCCCUUGGACAGCACGCUGACUUCGAGGAUGUCAGCGUUCAGCGGCUUUUCUACCAAAACGUCGUCAAACGGCUUGAGACCGUGAUAUUCAAGGCAUGGGGUAUUCGAUUAGAGGACUUGGGUUCAUUCGAUUCUCGACAAAAUGAAUCCUGCUGGGGCUCUAUCGGCCGAGAAGUUGUCCGCCUCCAUACAGGCAAGAUAGAUUCCUCUAAUGCAAACAAUACAGCAAGGGCAGCUCUGCCUCGUUCAAUGUCUGACGCCGUGCCCGUGAGCCACGCAUCCCUUCACUCAGAUAUCACGCUACGAAUAUCGGCACAGCGUUCUUCAGGAUCACAAGCUCAUAGACAACUCGCCGAGCCUUCACAGAAGAGCUUGCACUUUUUUGAUGCAAGUCGACAGACGGGUCCUGUACAAGAGAAUCCACUCUCGGAAAAAUGGAUGAACAAUCUGCUGUCCUCGAUUCAUGCCUAUGUUGACCCCGAUUUCGACCUUGCGGAACCGGUGCGAAUAGCGAUCUUGGACUCUGGACUCGACCCUGAAAAUCCAUUCCUGGUUGCGGACCAGCAACGGACUAACCCACAAAUCAAGGACGCACGAAGUUUUGUAUAUGGAACAGAACCGCACGACAUUCAAGACGAGAUCGGGCACGGAACUCAUGCUCUUGGCCUUCUUCUCAAAGUUGCCCCAGGCGCUGAGAUCUAUCCUGUUCAGGCCAUCGAUCACGCAGUCAACGAAUGGAAAGUGGACAUUAUAUCAAUAUCAUUCGGCAUUCGUGAAUAUCACGAGCUCAUGAGCACAGCUGUCUCGAACGCACUGAAUAAGCAGACUCUGUUAUUCGCGGCAGCAUCGAAUGAUGGAGCAAAUCUUGGCAGAGCUUUUCCAGCUCAAUAUCCCAGCGUCUUUUGUAUACACUCAACCGAUGGAAAUGGCAAUCCCUCCAAAUUCAACCCUACAGCAAGCGAAACGGACGUCAACUUCAGUCUACUUGGGGAGGAUGUCUCUUCUCUCUGGCCGGCUGGUAUGGACGGAUACGACGAGAUCGUCAAUGUUAUGUCAGGAACAUCGGUCGCAACACCGAUCGCCGCUGGCCUUGCCGCAUCGGUCCUAUCUUUUGUCCGGCAGCAGGAUCAGCACAUAACUGUAGAAGGUGAAAGGCUGGGACAGUGGCUGAAAAGGAACAAUUCCAUGGAUGCGGUCUUCAAGCGUAUGGUUAAACGUAGGCGGGGGGUAGGCUACGACUACAUCACACCUCAUGUGCUCUUCGAUAUGGGUUCGACAAGGGAGGAUGUUUACGGACGAAUCAAGGAUAUCAAAAGGAACAUGUACAAAUACUAG